UCGUUGUGGCCGUUUCCCCGUCUGCAGGCUCUCUGCAUCCAUGACUCCUUCACUUGGCUCACCUAUGGUGAUUCUUGAUGUGAUAAUCAUUGGAGGAGGGCCUCAUGCCUUGACCCUCGCAAGUUUGCUGUCCAGCCAUGAAUGUGACCCUGAAUGUCACACACCCAACUUCCCUUCACACUCGCACGCUCCACGGUCUCAUCCAAAACCGGAAACAUCCAACAAGAAACGCUGCAGUGGCAAAAAGAAGAGAGUGACCACAGUCUCUGCAGGUCAAAGGCUGGAGUGCCAACCAGCAGAGUCGACAAUGUCCGAGCGGCCUGUGGCCCCCCCGCUGAGCCUGUGUGUGGUGGAUACCUACGGGGAGUGGACCGCUCUGUGGGAGAGUCAGUUCACCGCUUUGAACAUCCCUCACCUGCGCUCGCACACACUGGUUCACACAGAUCCUCUCAACAAGAAAGCACUUCAGGAGUUUGUUUUAAAGCACCAACGCUCGGCAGAGCUUCACAGUCUUCCAGACCAGGUUUACAUCCUGGAUGAAAAUGCUUUCUUCAAUGACAUGAGGCUGGGCAAGAAGGAGAGGAGACGUCUGAACGUCACCUCCACGCUGAGGAAGAGUUCAGCCUUCAGUCUGCCGGGAGCCAAACUCAGUGUGGAUUUUUUUAAAGAACUAGACACAAAGAUGUACAAAAACAAAAAUGGACAUGGACUAACUGUGGUAUUUUCCUUCAUGGAGCAUGAGCAUGGAAAUCUGAACUCUGCUGUCCUGAGUAGUUUGACUGAUCUGAAUCUGAACAUACAGGUGGAGAGAUACAAACUGGAAAAAGUGCUGGUGAAGGGAACGGUGGAGCGGAUCACCCCUGUAAUGGAAGAUAAUGAGGAGAUGGAGGAGGAAGAGGAAGAGGAAGGCUGGUUCAAAGAACAUAAAGCAAAUGGAGAUAACACUAUAAUGAAUGAAGGAAUGGAAAAUGGGACGAGAAAGAGAAUAAGAUACUUUCAAAUCCAACUUCAAGAGGGAAACGUCCUAAAAGCCCACCAGGUUGUUGUGGCAACAGGCCCAACUCGUGCUCAGAUGGCCAACAUCCCGAUGUGGGUGCAAAAUAUUGCAGAGAACUAUCCAGAAGGGCAUUUGCAGCAUACAGUCCAUCUCAUGCAUCAUCUACCAAACACAAAGCAAAGAUGUAGAGAAGCAAACUGUGAGAGACAAAAGGAAUCAUUUUCCACUGCAGUGUGUCAGGCAGGGCAGAGAGUAAUGGUAGUGGGUGGAGGUCUGACCAGUGCUCAUGUCGUCUCAAUUGCCAUUCAGCAAGGUGCCAGCCGUGUGACAUGGGUCAUGAGGAAGCACCUCCAGCUGAAACAGUUUGACGUGGGUGAUGUGGAGAGCUUGGUGGGUCGCUACUCCCACGUGGAGCACGGCAUCAAGAUGGACGGCCAAGCCUACCUGAGGCAGUUCUACAAUGAGCGGAGCCUCCACAGACGGCUGGCUAUGAUUCGCCAGGCGAGGAAAGGAGGGGCCGUCACCCCCGAGGCGUACAUGCACCUGCAGCCGUUCAUAGUGAAUGGACAGGUGGAGGUGAAGACGUACUGUCAGGUGAGUGAAGCCAGCUGGUGCUACAAGAACCAGGCGUGGCACCUUUGUCUCAGCACUGGGGAGUGCUGGAGUGGAGACAUGAUCUGGCUGGCCACCGGCUGCAAACUCGAUGUCAAACAGGAUCCAUUGCUUUCUGAGGUGAUGCAACAGUUUCCCAUUCAGGUAAUAGAUGGGUGGCCGUGCAUAUCAGAAAGCUUACAGUGGGCAGAAGGCUGCCGGCUGUACCUGAUGGGGCAGUACACGGCUCUUCAGAUUGGACCUCAUGCCGUAAACCUCGCUGGCGGACAGGCUGCCAGCAUGCGAAUUGCCAAAGACAUCAUGCGGCGUCACGACUGGGACGGCAGUCAGAUGUCUAAAACGAGCGGAGAGAAGACAAAAACCGAAGAAUAUGUUCAACAGAUGCACGGCCUGUUAUGGCUUUGAUUCACGUCAUUUACUGAAGGACUUUCAGUAAAUGGAACAAUCAACUGCUCAUGAUCAUAAUCAUCCAUCUAUUCAUCCAUCCCUCCAUCCAUCCAUCCAUCCAUCCAUUCGUCCAUCCAGGGGUUACCUGGAGGUACUCUGGCGUCCUAAAUCCCCCCUAGGUGUGAAUGUGAUUGUGUGCCUGAGUGCCAGUCAGAGGAGGCAGGGGCCAUCAUGGAAAGAAAAAAAAAAAUAAUAAAAUGAAUAAAUAAAUUAAAUGGUUGUAUUUUCCAGUGAUUUUAUAAACUAAUUAUCAAUUUAACUUCACCGUUUUUAUAUUAUAUUUUAAUUUUCAUGUUUACCAUUAAAAUACUGAGAAGAGACGAGGCAACGGACACAGCGCGACACAGAGCUGCCCGGCUCACAAUCGGAGGCUAGGUUUGACUGUGCCUCAGAUGAGGGCGGUGCUCUCUCUUUAUGCCCCUGAUAAAUGUUCAGAUAUGAAUACUAUAUGAACUAAAUUUUCAUAGUUUAGCUGAUUUAUGUAAUGAGCCGUGUUUUUGUCAGCAACUUUAUUUCUGUAAUGUGUUUCUUGUGCCAUACAAUCGGUGGCGUAGAAGCAUAAGGGAGGCCGACAAUUCUCCGGCCUCAUGUUAGGGGGCGCUAACAUGCCAGGGAGUGGCAGUGGAAUAAACCAUUUACAGGUAGUGCGUCAAGUGCUGAGUCAUCCAUUUUUUUUCUUCUCACCUUGUCAUACAUUUUGAGGAUUAUAUUCAGAAGUUAAAAUAAUUCUCAACUUCGGAUUUCCACUUGAAGGAGGAAAUAAUAGCUAAAGGAAGACCGACGCCAUAGCUGAGAGAUUUGCUUCAGAGCACGGAUCUGAAAAUCUGCUCCUUUAAAACGGACUGGUACUCAAGAAAAGACUGGCUGUGUGGAUGUCCACUGAGAAAGCGCCUUUUCUGCAUUUUUCACCCAGUUGUGAUAGUGUCUGGAAUCAGGCAGGAUAUUGCAACCUUAAGAAUUUACAGCAUGGACUUAAUUUAUAAGUAAAGGCAAGACCAUAAUGACACUUCAUAAAAUUAAAUGUGCUUUUUUGUGUGUGCUGGAACCAAAGCACAGAAUAAGUGUAUGGUGCAGUUUUUUUGUGAAACAUUUUUUUUCUUCAGUUUUUUAUUAUUAAAUGCUUGUUUUGUGUGUGUGUG